UCUUAAAUCCAAAUCCUAAACUCAAACCGUAAACUCUAAACCCAAACUCUAGACCUUAAACUCAAACUCUAAAUCCUAAACUCAAACCUAGACUCUAAACCCAAACUUUAAACCCUAAAGAAACAACAUCAACAUUAACCCAAACUUUUAAGAUAUAGAAUUUGGGUUCAGAGUUUACGAUUUCAAUUUAUGGUUUAUGGAUUAGGUUUGGGUAUAUAAUUUGAGUUUAGAGUCUAAGAUUUGGGUUUAGGAUAUAAGGUUUGGAUUUAAGGUUUACAGUUUGGAUUUAUGGUUUAAGAUUUGGGUUUAGGAUAUAUAGUUUAGGAUUUGGGUUUAGGGUUUAAGAUUUAGGUUUAGGGUUUAGUUAGUAGUGUUAUCAUUAAAAUUGACAAUAUUUUUUUUUGUUUCAAUUAUUUCAGGUUUUUUUAAAUAAAAUUAAUCUAUUUUAUUAUUUAUCUAGGUGGUAUUUUGAUUGGCACUAAAAUUAGUGGUGAUUUUAAAGGUUCACCUUAGGGGUGGUGAACCUAAGUCUGUUCGUUGGAUAUCAAUCGUAUUCAUAUAACCUUUUGAGAGCUAACACACGGAGUAUCGUGUAAUCGUUCGAGAUAUUUUCUAGUAAAUCUUUUGUAGUGUAUAUACUUCUUUUAGUUGUGUACUUGUGUUCAAAAAAAAAAAUACUUCUUUUAGUUUUUGUUAGUAAAUCUCUUUUGAAAAACUGAACACAACAAAACGAAUAAUUAUUUAUUUCUGAAAAAUGAAAUUUGAACUCUGGAAGUUGCGGUAUCUAGGGCCAGACCCCAACAAACGUCUGUAGAUUGCGCGAACCUAUAUUGUCUGGUUCUUCUCAAAAGCAGAAAAAUAUAUAUACGUACGUAUUGGGCAUUUACUUGAUUUCGUAACGUGUAGAAAAUUAGCAACGAGAAGCUAGCAAAAUAUCUUCUUCGUAACAUGUAGAAUAUUCAAACGGAAAAACAUGCACCGUAUAUGCACCUCACUUCAUACGUUAAUCUAUAAUCUCUAUAUAACACCACGUUACCAUAGUUUCUUGGCAACCAAGUCAUAUAAACCAAAGCAUUUAUAUCAAAACAUCUCCUACUUUUCUCUAUCUAAAAGAAUGGCUUCGAUAGUUUUCUUGAUUAUGUCCAUUGUGCUGAGUUAUAUAACCUCUGGAGCCACAUCUCGUGGAGGAGUCUUCAAAGCUUCCGCCAUAGAGAAACAUGUGCAAUGGAUGUCUCGAUUCCAUCGUGUUUACUCCGACAAUUCUGAACAAGCGAGUAGAUUCGAGAUCUUUAAGAAGAACUUAGAGUUCAUUGAGACAUUCAACAUGAAUACGAACAUAACGUUCAAGUUGGAUGUCAACCAGUUUUCUGAUCUCACCGACAAGGAGUUCCGGGCGAAGUACAUGGGCCUAGUGGUCCCCGAAGGUACGAACGAAGUUUCAGAAACCGACAAGACUAUGUCGUUCAGAUAUGAAAAUGUCAGUGAAACCGGUGAGAGCUUGGACUGGAGACAGGAGGGGGCCGUUACAUCUGUUAAGAACCAAGGCCAAUGUGGAUGUUGUUGGGCUUUCUCGGCGGUGGCAGCCGUGGAAGGUAUUACAAAGAUUGCAAAAGGUGAUCUUGUAUCCCUGUCAGAACAGCAGCUGGUGGAUUGUAGCAGAGACUUUAACAAUGGAUGCAAUGGAGGGAUAAUGUCUAAAGCUUUCGAGUACAUUAUUAACAACCAAGGAAUCACCACGGAGGAUAACUAUCCUUACCAAGAAUCACAAGGAACAUGUUCUUCAGCCACCCAAGUUACUGAUUUCAUUGCUGCUACCAUAAGCGGAUACGAGACGGUUCCAAGUGAUGACGAGGAAGCAUUGCUAAAAGCGGUAUCUAAACAGCCUGUUUCUGUGGCGAUAGCUGGAUCAGGGGCUGCGUUUAUGCAAUACUCCGGGGGGAUAUUUGACGGAGAGUACUGUGGGACGCACCAGACUCAUGCGGUUACGAUUGUUGGUUAUGGGAUUAGUGAAGAAGGGACUAAGUACUGGUUAUUGAAAAACUCAUGGGGAGAAAAUUGGGGAGAAAAUGGUUACAUGAGAAUCAAGAGAGACGUGGAUGCACCUGAAGGAACGUGUGGUUUGGCCCAUUUUGCUUACUAUCCACUUGCAUGAAUCCUGUUAUGUUGUUCGAAUAUAUUUACAUGGGGUUGUUCAUAGUAAUUGACAACAUCAUUAUCGGAUAUCUUAUGAAACUAUAUACCGGCGUUUUCGUUGGUUUAUUUCUA